AUGGCAGCGCAUUUGAAUGUGACCAGGUGAGAGAUCCGGAUCUUUUUUUUUUUUGGAAAAAUAAAAUGUGUGAUUUUUUUCAAGGGCUCUCAUAGCCAUUCUAUCAGCACUGACACUAUUUUUGUACCACGAUUAUACACGGCGUGAGAUAUUUUUCAAUAUUUUCAUCGAGAAUAAAUUGGUGAAUUUUACGGGAGCGGAAGAUUUUAUCCCGCCAUUUAUUAAUAUUGUUUCGGAUUUGUUUGUGGCGCCAGAUUACGGGAUUGCGGCUUGCGGGAUUCGCAAGAGUAUGUCGCAACUUACGAUAAACACAAUGUGUUUGUUGUAUGAUGCAGAGACGUUUGAUAAGGAAGGGCAGAGUUUGAAUGAUACUUGGAAGACGCAGGGGUGAGGUUUUUUUUUUAAAUUAUUCAGAAUCUAGUUUUUUCAAUUUUCAAAUUCUAUUUUAUUUCAGAGCUUGCAAUUACGAUGAUCCAAAAUUCCGAAAAAUCCCCGAACUUCACGAAAAUUUCACAAAAAUUGCAUUUAUUCGAAAUCCCUUCGAUCGAUUCAUCUCAUUUUAUUUGGAUAAAUGUUUACGGUGAGUUACCCUAAAUUUUCUCCGUCAUUUAUCCAUUUUUUUUCCAGCGAAAAACAAUGCUGGCGUUGUGAUUCGAAUAUGGAAUGUGUAGUUGAGACUCUCUACAAACAACUUCAACGCUUCAAAAUCCAUCGUGACUACACACCAAACUAUAUCGAGAUGCACGCGGCGCCGCUUUCUUGGAACUGCGAUUUUGACAGCGAAAUUCAAAAUUAUAAUUUAUUUAUGAUGGGAGCGGAUGUAGAGGAGAGGAGAAGCUCAAUUUUACAUUUGGCAAAUGUUUUGACAUCCAAAAAUGUGCCGAAGAGUUUGAUUGAUAAAAUUGUUAGUGGAUCUUUGAAUGGCGAAACUGAUCAUGGAACUCAUAAAUCUGUAAAACGCUUGGAGGCUGAGAAUAUGAUUCGGGAGAACUCCAGGAUUCGCGAUUUAUUGCACAAGAUUUAUUUAUACGAUUACUUGAUCUUCAAUUUUAAUAGAAAUGUGUUAGAUGCAAAAUAUCAAACUGAUUUCUGGAACAAUAAUCUUCUUUGA